AUGGAAGAUAACCUGAUCUAUUAUUUUGCUCCGUGCCUUGUUAUUCUGAUCACUUUGAAGCUCUUCUUCCAAACAAGAUCACGAUCCAAAAACCUCCCUCCUGGUCCGCCUUCUCUUCCGAUACUGGGCAACCUCCUGCAACUAAAACAACCUCUUCAUAGCCACCUCCACUCCCUCUCUCAAAAAUAUGGCUCCAUUUUCUCUCUCCGUUUCGGGUCUCGUUUUGCCGUCAUCGUUUCAUCUCCGUCGGCUGUUGAAGAGUGUUUCACUAAAAACGACAUCAUCUUUGCAAACCGUCUUCCCACCCAAAAGACCAAGUACAUCGGUUACAACAACACCGUCCUUAUUGCAUCUACCUACGGUGACCACUGGCGCAACUUACGUCGUAUAAGCUCCCUCGAGAUCCUCUCCACACACCGCAUCAACUCAUUCUUGAAUCUCCGAGUCGAUGAGACCAAGCUGUUGCUACGCAAGCUAUCUCGCGAGUCUCGCAAAGACUUCAAGAAAGUGGAGCUGGGAUCAAUGUUCUCAGAUCUGACUUUCAACACAAUUAUGAGAAUGGUUGCCGGAAAGCGGUAUUACGGCGACGAAUCUGAUUUGACGAACAUGGAGGAAGCGAAGCGGUUUAGAGACGUCAUGCAGGAGAUCUUAUCCUUUAGUUUGGGAACAAAGGAUUCAAACCUGGGGGAUUUCUUGCCUCUGUUCAGGUGGAUUGAUUACAAUGGUUACCAAAAGAGACUCCGAAGGGUUGGGAAGACGCUGGAUGAGCUGCUGCAAGGGCUCGUAGACGAGCACCGGUAUAAGAAAGACGGAUUGGAAAGCACAAACACUUUGAUAGAUCAUCUACUCGCAUCACAAGAAUCAGAACCCCAGUAUUACACUGACGAAAUUAUCAAAGGCCUUGUUCUGGUGUUGAUAAUAGCAGGAACGGACACUUCAGCAAUCACGUUAGAAUGGGCAAUGUCAUAUCUGUUAAACCAUCCAGAGGUAUUGGAAAAGGCAAGGAUUGAACUGGUAGCUCAGGUUGGAGAAGAGCGGCUUGUAGAGGAAGCCGAUCUCCCCAAACUAUCAUACCUUAAGUGCAUCAUCUCAGAGACUCUGCGAUUGAGCCCGGCAGCCCCAAUGCUCGUACCCCACGUGGCUUCUGAUGAUUGCUCCGUGGGGGGUUAUGAUGUGCCACGUGGCACAAUGUUGCUUGUGAAUGCAUGGGCUAUCCACAGGGACCCCGACCUGUGGACUGUUCCGUUGAGCUUUAAGCCGGAGAGGUUUGAAAUUGGGGAGGGAGAAGCCCGUAAGCUGAUAGCUUUUGGGAUGGGGAGAAGGGCCUGUCCAGGAGCCGGCUUGGCCCAACGAACGGUAGGGCUGACUUUGGCGUCGUUGAUACAGUGCUUUGACUGGAAAAGGGUCAGCGACUCAAAAAAUGACAUGACCGAGAGGGGUGGAAGCUUGAUGCCCAAGGCCAUUCCACUGCAGGCUCACUGCAAAGCACGUCCUAUCCUCGGCAAGAUUCUACUGUAACCCUCUAUGAUUCUCAUCGUGUUGCGUUAUUAAUUACGCUUUCUGGCAUAUUGGCUUCGGGAGCACACGCUCGCUUUGUUAUUUGUUCACUGGUUUAAUAAUUUUGUUAAGGUUAAUUAAUUAUCGAGUUUGAUAAAAUUAUUUAGGACGGUUGGGUAAUAAGUUUUACGUAAACAUUUCUUUUUACUGUUGAAAGCGUUUGUUUUCACCUGUCAAUGUUAAAUAAUAAAUAUAAAU